CGGCCGCGCGUGCGCCUGAGCUGGUCGGGGCGGGCGCGCGGAGCUGACGAGCGGCUGUAGCUGAGGACAGAGUUCGGUUCGGCGGGGAAGCCUGAGUCCGGGCGGGAGGCCGGACGGCGCAAGAGACGACAUGUCGGUGGCGGGGCUCAAGAAGCAGUUCUACAAAGCGAGCCAGCUGGUCAGUGAGAAAGUUGGAGGGGCCGAGGGGACCAAGCUGGAUGAUGACUUCAAAGAGAUGGAGAAGAAGGUGGAUGUCACAAGCAAGGCAGUGGCGGAGGUGCUGGUCAGAACCAUCGAGUACCUACAGCCCAACCCAGCCUCCCGGGCCAAGCUGACAAUGCUGAACACGGUGUCCAAGAUCCGAGGCCAGGUGAAGAAUCCCGGCUACCCGCAGUCAGAGGGGCUGCUGGGGGAGUGCAUGGUCCGCCACGGAAAGGAACUGGGUGGAGAGUCCAACUUUGGUGACGCUCUGCUGGAUGCAGGUGAGUCCAUGAAGCGGCUGGCUGAGGUGAAGGACUCGUUGGACAUCGAGGUCAAACAGAACUUUAUUGACCCCCUGCAGAACCUGUGCGACAAGGACCUGAAGGAAAUCCAGCACCACCUGAAGAAGCUGGAGGGCCGCCGGCUGGACUUCGACUACAAAAAGAAGCGGCAGGGCAAGAUCCCCGACGAGGAGCUGCGCCAGGCACUGGAGAAGUUUGAGGAGUCCAAGGAGGUGGCAGAGACCAGCAUGCACAACCUGCUGGAGACCGACAUUGAGCAGGUGAGCCAGCUCUCAGCCCUGGUGGAUGCACAACUGGACUACCACCGGCAGGCUGUGCAGAUCUUGGACGAGCUGGCUGACAAGCUCAAGCGCAGGGUACGGGAAGCCUCCUCACGCCCCAGGCGGGAAUUCAAGCCCCGGCCCCGCGAGUCCUUUGACCUGGGAGAACCAGAGCAGCCCAACGGGGGUUUUCCCUGUGCCCCAGCGCCUAAGAUUGCAGCACCCUCAUCAUUCAGAUCCUCUGAGAAGCCUGCACGGACGCCCAGCAGGAGUAUGCCACCCCUGGACCAGCCCAGCUGUAAAGCGCUCUAUGACUUCGAGCCAGAGAAUGAUGGGGAGCUGGGCUUCCGCGAGGGCGAUGUCAUCACACUCACCAACCAGAUCGACGAGAACUGGUACGAGGGCAUGCUGCACGGCCAGUCCGGCUUCUUCCCACUCAGCUAUGUGGAGGUGCUGGUGCCCCUCCCACAGUGACCACCACGGACCACUACAGUGACCACGGGACCGCCAUGCAUAACACGAGGUGCUCUGCAAACACUAACGUUCCUCCCACCCGGGGGUGACAACUCCAGGGAGGUCCUCCCCACUCCCCCAGCCCCAGGCAUCAUCCCGAAGACUUGGGGAGACCUGCCCUAAGUGCCCACUGUCUCCACCCCUACCAGCCCAUUGCUGGCAAUGGGCUCAGGGCCCGGUCCAAGCUCCCCAGAGGCGCAGCCCCCAGCUGCACUACCACUGCAUCCUGGGAGCUGGACAUCCCCACAACCCAGCCUGUAAGUCAAGCUCCGCAGCUCAGCACGUGGGGGUGCCUGGCACCAGCUGUGGGUGCAGAUGCACAACCAUGCAUGCACACACACACACAUGCACGUGUGUACACAUGUUCACGCCUCCCACGGGACCACAAACGCAGCCUUAGCCUCCACUCUGCCAAAGGUCAAGCACAAAGGCCCUGAGCAGAGGGUGGCACCAGGGUCUGCCACCGUCCUGUCAAGUGACCAUUGUGGUCUGUAGGUAACCGUGGGCAGCUGGCAAUUCCCCGGCAUCCUGGCAAGCCCACCAUGGCCCUGGCAUCAUUUCACACCACUGCCCCGGCUAAGGUGAUUUCAUGGGCUGGGCUAGUUACAUUCCUCUUCGACAGCCCUGGGGCCCAGUCUUGUGGUGCUGCCCCCUCAGAUGGGCAGUGCAGCCUCGCCCCCAGCCCAGACCCAACAGAAAUGUAGUCCUGAUGUUUUUCUAAGUAUUAAAUGUCUCUUUCUAUAGCCUC